AUGGCGCCCUCGAACCAGCCCGUAACGCAGGCGCUCCUCGCGCGAGCGCAUUCUCCCGACGCUGUCAACCGCAUAUUCUCCGACAAAAUCCAGUACCGACCGCUCUACCUCCGACCAAGCUCGCCACCGCCGCCGUCCAACGCCCGGAAUGCCCGACGCAAGGCUCGUGAGGAAGCCAAGAAGAAGCAAAAGCUCAAGCCGAAGCCCCUGUCCGCGCGCGAGCGACACAGGCGCGGCCUCUACCAAGUGCCCCGCCAAGGCCAGAAAUACGCCGUCUUCGAGCCCCUACACCGCCUGUGGCUGGGAUACAUUGAGGAGAUCCUGGGCUCUGAGUUGUACCAUGGCGGCGCCGCUGCUGCCGCCAAGUUGAGUGCUGCCGAGUUCCACGGCGCCGCCGUCGAGGUCUCCAGGAGCUCCUGCCCGAGCAGAGUCGGCAUCAAGGGCAUCGUGAUCAAGGAUGGCAAGUUUGCGUUCGAGAUCAUCACGCCCAAGAACGAGAUCAAGAUUGUGCCAAAGGAGGGCACAUGGUUCAGGUUCGAGAUUCCAGUCAAGGAGCCAGCCGUGGAGGCGUCGACGACCCCAGAAGCCUCCCCUCGACGCUUCGUCUUCGAGGUCCUCGGCGACCAGUUCCUUACGCGCGGCGCGGACCGAGCCAACAAGAAGUACAAGAACCACUAUCUGAAGAACCUCUGA